CAGUAGGGUGCCCCGGACGGAGGGAAGACGGUCGCUACCGUUGUGUGCUCUUACUGCCGUCCGCCUGCGGCUACUAGUAUUGUUUUACCCGCACACGUACUGCUGUCUGGGGGCGGAAGCUCGACCAUCCAGCCUCCCCGUUGUGCCUGACUUGGCGGGGUUCGCUGUAUCGCGGAGGCGGUGCAUUUGGCGAUGUGACGCGGUGACCGUAGCAGCGGCACUCAGACCUCCGGAUCUAAUGGCUGUCACGUCUCGGUGUUGGCACGUAUUGCGCCGGGAUGUGUAGGAGAGCCACUGCGGUGAUUCACGUUUGCUUGGGUGCGACUUCAGCUAGAGGUUCUUCUGGUUCGGGACCCCGGACAUCUGGGACAUCGAUUAGGAAGGCAUACAUGCAUCUUGUUAACAGAGAAGAGCACAAAUAAAAAUAAAUUAAUUGUAAAAUUCUGUGUUGCGGAGGUUCAGCUGCAGUGAACUAUGGUGCUCAGAUUUCAAGGUUCUUGUCAAACAGAUAGGGUUUGCCAUGGUUUUCACAAAGUUGUGGAUGGAAUAGUUGGCUGGACCACAGAAAAUAGAAUGUCUCUCGCAGGAUUCCUGUACUGUUGUUCAGAAACCAGAAGCAUUAAUGUACGCAAAAGUAUCGUAAUAUGAUGGUGGAGCGAAGUAAGUCUGAAAUGGAAUGUUUUGAACCAGAUAAACACCAGAAUCUUGCCAGCCAGUGGAUCCUCACGUUUUUUUGCCGUUUCUGUUUUUUCUGUUGAUUUCCAGAUUUCUUGCUGUCAAGCGGUAUUUUUUAGUGCGCCCUCCUGCUGGCAUAAAGCCAGUCGUUAAGAACAAGAAGAAGACACAGCCGCAGCUGUAACUGGGCAAGACACUGGCUGCAGUAACUGAACCAUUAAACGGGCAAGAGACACAUUUCCCUGUUGAUUUUCUUUUUGAACAUGACUUAUGGAGAAGAGCUUGGCUCUGAUACGCACCAGGAUUCAGUCGUAUUAACAUUUUUGGAAGGAUUACUAAUGUACCAAGGAACAGCAAACUCAGCUGUGGGAACUGACAAAAGAUGCAAAGCUGGACACAGUGGAGAAGAUCAGAACUUUGGUUCUGUAAAUGUUUUGCCCAACCAUCAGAACAGUGGUCCAGUUCUUUCAAAUGGGAAUGCAUACUCAGGGCCAGGCAUGCUCCAUCUUAAAAAAGCAAGAUUACUACAAUCUUCCGAGGAUUGGCAUGCUGCCAAGAGAAGGCGGCUGACAGAGUCAGUGGAUAUUAAUGGUAAGAAGAACACUUUGGUGGUUGGUAUAGACGAGAAUCCUUUGAAAGGUAAGCAGGAUAGCACUUUACUUGCCUCUCUGCUUCAGUCUUUCAGCUCAAGGUUGCAGACUGUUGCAUUGUCACAGCAUAUCAAACGUAGUCUGAAGGAUGGCUAUUCUCUCAAUAAUGCAUUUCAUGAAGAGCAGGAGACACGGUGCUAUGGUGUGGCAUCUCACCACUUAAAAACACUAUUAAAAAAGAACAGAGAAAGAGAUCAUACUGUGAACACCAUGCCUGUCUCAGGUAGUAAUCAUUCACUGGCUAAAACUGGGUUUGCCGACUCCGUAGACAUGCAGAGUCUGCCCAAAUCACCAAGAGAGUCUCUGUCAUGUGCUGCACGCUUGCAAGCAGUUGCAAACAUGGUUGAAACAAGGUCUAGCCCUGCUGCAUCUCCCAAGCCUAGUGUAGCUUGUAGCCAACUAGCUCUGCUACUUUCUAGUGAGGCACACUUACAGCAGUACUCUAGGGAACAUACCCUGAAAGCACAUACUGCAAAUCGGCUUGCCAGUGAGAGGCUUGCUGCAAUGGCAAGAUUGAAGGACGACUCGCAAAAUAGUGAUGGGUGCCAUGUGUCCAGUGAAUCACCAGGCCAAGUUAGUGGCCAAACACCUGUAACUUUGUUUAGUAGUAAACCACCUGUGACAUCCCUAAAAACAACUGCUGAAGCUGACAGUCCUGUAAGGGGUACAUUUAAGCAAAGGGAUGCAUUCCCUAAGAACAGUGUAAAAAACUGCAUUGGAGCAAGCAUCGGUAAUAGUAGCAGUCUGCUGUUACAUCUACUGAAAAGUCAGAGUGUUGAAAAGCAGAGUGGGAGGGAACAUGAUGACAGCUGUGUUACUUUUGAAGAAAGCAGUGUAACACCAACAACAGAGGAGUACUCUGACCAUAACCCUAGCUUCACCGAUGAUGAUGUCAGUGAUGAUGAUGGCUGUUCCCAUUCCAGCUGCACUCCAAUCGACUUAUCCUUCAAACACCGGACAGUUAGUCCCAGCCCCUUGACAAGGGAGCACACAUCACUGGAGAACCUGACCAAUUCCCUACUUCAGAACUGGGACCCUAAAAUACCUGCAAACAAAGCUGAUGGAGAUGAGCAGGAAUUGGUCACAGGUUCCAAGCUGAAGCCUCAUCAGAAGGUAACACUUCUUCAGUUACUCCUUGGUCAUAAGGAAGAGGGCAAGGUUGAUAAAAGUACAGACACCCAAGAAUUGCAAAGUCUUACUCACAUGGCAAAUUCGAGUGUACAGACCGGUAAAAGGACUCCUGUUAUUACAGAAGUGAGCAGUUCUAACCACAGCACUCCUUUAAGCACACCGCCAUUAUUUAAAGAAGCAAAGUGUGAUUCUCCAAUAAAUCUUUCUCACCAGGUUUCUGGUGCUGUGUACAACCCAGUGUCCUGUCCAACUUCAUUUCACCAGAAACCUUUUACAAAUCAUGUAUCAGACAUGUUAAUAGAUUUGAGUAAAAACAGUAAAGAAAUUCAGGCAACUAAACCACCUCUCAAUGAAACUGUGAAAAAUGGUUCUGUAUUCAGUGCAAGUAAGCUAUUACAGAACUUGGCUCGCUGUGGACUGCAGUCUUCCAGCUCUGACAGUGAAGCGGCAACAGCAAAUGUGCCAUUUGAAGCUAAAGCAGAGAAGCCUUUGGGUCUUUUUGAAAGACUAGAUAGCCCGUUGCAGUCAGAGAGGAGCUCUGCAGUACAGAAAACAUUGUUAAGCAAACAUCCUUCAUCAGUAGAUGUAGGGAUUAACUCUGAAAUUGAAAACUUGCUGGAAAGACGCACUGUUCUGCAACUUCUUCUGGGCAACUCACACAAAGGUAAGAUAAAAAAGCAACGGACUGCAAGUCUGAAAAGCGGUAUGUCAGAGAAGAGGGUUUAUGAGUCCUGCAACAGUGAGACUUUGCAUGAACAGGUAUCAGUUGUCAAAAUAAAACAAGAGCCGACUGAGAAAGGGUAUGUUCUUGUUCAUCAUCCAGAAAUGUUGUCAAAAGAUAGCAACACCGACCAAUUUCCUGUAGCAGGUAAUACAGAAAAGAGAAAUACUGCUUUAUCACCAUCACCAGAGGACAUUAAGAAAGAACGUUUGUCACCUCAGAGUCCAUCACCUCCUUUGUCCAGAAAUGGUCUGUUGAGUCGUCUCUUGAGGCAGAAUCAUGAUUAUGUAUAUCCACAGACAAGUUCUUCUCCAUUAAGUCAUGGUACUAAUGAAAUGAUGUGUGCAAGAACAGGGAGCCCUUGCACAGUACCAAAGAAGAGAAAGCUUCCCCGAGUCCACAGCGAUUUCCAAGAAGGUGACUUUAGUACUAAACCCAAAAAUAAUAAUCUAGACUCUGUAAAUAAACCUGGCUGGCAUUCAGUGUCACCAUGUUUGUCUUACGGUAUCCAUCAGGAAGACGAACACAAAAGUAUUGAGCGAGAUCCAGUUCCGACUGUUGUCUGUGCAAAUGUAAAUAAUGACGCAAGUAAUUAUUCUAGAGAGAAAAGUUUUAAUGUGUUGAAGCAGCUGCUGCUGUCCGAGAACUGCGUAAGAGAAUCAUCACAACCAAAAAGUGCAACGUGUUCCAUUGGACUUAACUCCACUGACAAUAAACAGAAAGAAAUCUUCAAUGACUCCAUGUCAAAGAAAGGUGAAACCACUGGUCCUUCCUUACAUAAUCUGUUAGGUAACAACAGUCAGAAAAAUAUGUACACUGAACCCAGUUUGCCACAUCACACUUUCAGCGUACUAACUUCUGCUCGAUCUCCAUUCCCUGAAAGUAUGGGCAACCCAAUCCCUAAGCUUGAAGCUACUCAAUUUAACUUGGUUCCUGCUGCUAAUGAAAAAGAUGGUCCAAUCAAAUGGGUUAUUAGGGGGAUAGAUCAGAACGAAUUUUCCAAAGAUUCCCCAAGGUUAACAAAAACCAACCCAAUACUGUAUUACAUGUUACAGAAAGGUGCAAACACAUCAGCAAUAACUCGAGGAGCAAAUAGGACACACUUCAGGGCUGGUCAGAUUGAAGCAAUUCUUUCAGGAAAGGAGAAACAAGUCCAUAUUAAGCAGGAGCCAGUGUGUGACAUGGGAAAUGACGAACACUUGCAUGACAUGAGAAAAUCUUUCAGUCAUUUUGCAAAUAAGACAGAGAAUCAAAAUGGUAAUAAAGGAAAAAGUGGUGUUUUGGGAGGUGCACUGGCAAUAAAAAAUGAGCCCGAUUGAAACAGUGGGCAGUCAUGUUGUCAUUCGUAGCCCAUUGUUGCAUAAACUAGUUGGAGAGCAAGAACUUCACUCCUACAGAUGCACCCAGCAUGGCUUCAUACAGCAUGUUUGUUAUCUGUUGAUAUUCCAUUGUGUUAAUCAAGUUUUGUAGCAAGCAGACUUGUCUGGUUUGUGCUUGUUUUCUGAUGAAUUUUGUGUGAUUAUUUGGGAGUAAAACAGUACUUUCAGAAAAUGUAUAAAUUCUGUAUCUGCUCUAUGUUACUGCAUUCAAAACUGAGUUCAGGAGGAAAUCUUCUGAAGGUAUGCAUGCAGUGUUGGUAUAUUAGUUUGCAUUUGACACUGAGCGUUUAAGGUUCAGAAGGCCUUGGCAAUCAGAAAGUCAGGAAUUCUCAUCAGAAAUACAGUAAACAGAAGACAGGGUGUUUAAUGUGGCAUUAUAUGAUCAUAAGCACAUUUGCAGCUGGAUUUCUUUAAAAAAGUUAUUACAGAUUUUCUUUUGAAAUUGUAAAAGCUACCAAUACAGACAAGGUAAAGUUAAGGUUUCAAAUAUGCAGACUGGCGGCAUGCAGUGUAAUCAGGUAUUUCAUGGAAAUAACCUACAAAUGCCCUCUUUUCUUUAAUAGUUUUAUAAAACACCCCAUGUUGCGUAUUCAUAAUCUGCAUAUGUGAAUUGCCAUUUUUGCUUGGCACAUUUGUGCCCGUUAAUCACUUUUUACAUAGGGCUAAGGCUAUAUUUAUAUAUUUGUUGAUGGAACGCCUUGUUUGUUUACAGAUAGCUUAGAUGUUGAGUAUGGAGGAGUUCCAGUACUUGGCUAGUGGUUUAUGACAUAAUUUGCUGUUUAUGCAAGUCUCUCAGCUCAGGUUGUCUCACACACUUCCUCAGCAAAGUGAGUAUUUGAAGGCUACUUACCUUGCUAAGUUUGUGAAUGGGAAAAUUCUAGCAAGCACAUUAAGCCGACAGGGAGCUUGCAGUUAAGGUUGUUACUGCAGUUGUAAUGACAGUUGCACUGGAAAGGAAUGCCACCACAUUUGUGCGUAGGCCUUCCCCAUUUGUGAUGUACCAUUGUGGUGAUUAGCGAGUCUUGUCCACAUGAAUGAAACCUGUUUUUCAUUAUUGUAUGUUAUAAUGAAAUUCAUUCUAAUUUUUGUUCUGUUGUAGAUUUUUAAGGAUACAGAACAAACUUGAUUAAUUUUAUCUGCUGUUAAUUCACAGGUUUAAUGUGUGGAUUUUAGCACAGCUUCAGUGUUUACAGUACAGUACAGUUUUAAAGGAUAGAAUGUUUAUUCAACACUUAUAUUAUUCCUACUGGUUUUCUCUUGUAGUUUGGCAGAGAAGAGAUCUUGGACAGCUUUACAGAGCUGCUUUGGACCAAACAGCCUUUGAAAUGUGAUUUUUGUAAAUAAUUCAGAAAGGCAGAAGUAGCUGUGAUAACCACCAUAGAAGUAAUUUUCUCUCCCCUCAUCUGGUAGAGCCUAAGUUUCUGUAAACAGCUGAAGCCUGAACUUCUAAAUGUGUCUAAUUUGCUUGUACUGAUUAGCAAGAAAGUGGUCCAUUUCACAUCUCUGUAGUAUAUUGUGUAAUAAAACACAGUAAGUUGUACCCCAAAACUGAAUAAGGUGUUAGUGCAUGUAGAAGUACCUUUUCAUGGCACCAUGAGUCAUAAAUGUAAACUACCCCUGAAAAAAAAUGAUUUCAGAACAGUGGCAAGUGACCCACAAGCUUUUUGCUUUGCAGUUGAACAUAAAAGUCAGACUCCACUUCUAUGGAUAAAACUGUCGUCAGUUUUUGAAACUAACAGCAUGUCUUAAGGGAACUUUACCUAUGCCCUGAAGCUUUUGGCUUAGUAAAAGCAGGUGUGUUGCAACCUCCACCCCCCAAGCAAGGGUGGUGGUUUUGCGAUGACGCUAAACAAAAACUGAAAGAAUGCUGAACCCUUAGAGCAGCUAGAGAAAGUUAAAAGGAUUCUGGUAAACUACUUUAUGUAAUGGUAGUGAAGUGCUGAUUUCUAGUGCCAAUCGCUAAGUUAUCAUGGAAUGUUGGAAACAUGACCAAGUUUACCAUGCUGGAGAGCAUUUCAGUGAUGUCCAUAACGAACAAGACAGUUUUUGUCCAUUUUUGAAUCGCAAGGUGCAGAAAAGUAUCCCAGUGAGCAUCGCACAUAAGGCAGGAAGUUGGCCCUUGAUGGGGAACCACUCCAUCCUAUGGCACACAAACACGCACACAUGCAUGCACACACGCAUGCACAUACGCACACAGACACACACACACACACACACACACACACACACACACACACACACACACACACACACACACACACACACACACACACACACACACGCGCAUUUACUUCCUGCACAUACAGCUGUGGCAUUUGUGACCUUGUCAGUCCACCUCCAUAUGUGCUUGAGAUGUGCAAGGAGUCUAGAUAUGCCAGCAAACACCCACUCAGACAUACAGAAAACAUACAAAAUUCUACAUAUGACAUCUCAGCUGGGAGUCAGACCAGGGACCCAAGCACUUUGAGACAGCAAUGCUAAGCUCUGUACCACAGGUUUAAUAAACAGCAUUGGACAGUCCAUAAUUUGUGUGUUACAUGUGAUUGUUCUGGCGAGAACAUGCAACUGUGGAAAAAGUGCAUAGUCUGCACUGGAGUACCCCAGAAAGGUGAAAUAACAAAAAGCUAAAAGAUAAAAUUCUGAAGUAAAACAUCAAGGCAACAUUUUCUGUAAAUCCUAGAAAAACAUUUCCUCAUAACUUAGUAUACCGACUCUAAGGUGGCCACUUCUUGAAUAGGUCUAUUUUACGGAUAGCUUUAGUAUUUUGUGUUGGUCUUUUGUCAUUCAGACAUGCAUUGUGCACCCAGUUUGGACAUCAUUAACCUUUAAUAUUUUGUUUGUUUUCAAUUGUAUUUCCCCCUCAGAAUUUAGCCAUGAAUGUUUAUUGUGUAGGCACACUUUAGAAAGGAUAGUUUAAACCCAUGUGAGGACAGAACCACACAUUUCCUUAAAAUGCACUCAUUUCCCUCAAGAAAGAAGUGAGGCAUUAAUCUGCACAUCCACUUUUUCUUUUAUUUUUAUUUCAGUUUUGUCAAUGAAAGAAAGAAAACUUGUAUAGAGGAGUUUUGCAUCAGAAUUUUAAGUUCCUGGAGAGCAUUUGAUGUUGCACACACUUCUUGUUCAGGAAACCUAGAGUUUAUUUUAUCAUUUUUUUGGUAUCCUGAUGUUAUUUUAAGAUUUCACUGUGCUGAUAAUAAUUUGUUUCACCAGGUGAAUAGAUUGUAUUAGCAAAAGAAAAGUUAUUUUCUUGCAGUGAUUUUGUACAUAGAUACAUUAUGAACUGACCUAAACGAAUGGAUAUGUUUAU